AUGCCCAAUAUCGAAGAUCAGCAUCGCGGGCAGCCCGGCGUCCUCAUGGUGCUGUGUCAGGGCGGCGAGGCCGCCGCUGUUUCGGCAGCGGGCGGGAAGGAGCCGGAGGUGCCGCUGAGCCGGGAGGACGGUGCGGGUACGAGGCAGCCUUGCCUGUGCCCGGCGCCCGGCACGGAGGCGGCGGGCGCCGAAGAGCGCCGCGUUUGUGGCUGCUGCUCGGGCUUGUCCUGGCCGCGCUGCUGCAAGGCACCUGGAACAAAGAAGAAAGCUGCGUGUCCAGGACUUGGUCUGUUUUAUACCGUACUGUCUGCCUUCCUUUUCUCAGUGGCCUCUUUAUUUCUUAAAAAAAUAGAAGAUGUACAUUCAGUGGAAGUGAGUGCAUUUCGAUGUGUUUUCCAAAUGGCAUUUGUUCUUCCUGGUUUAAUAUACUACAAAACAGGGUUUUUGGGACCAAAAGGUAAAAGAAUCUUUCUUUUCUUCCGAGGAUUCCUUGGCUCUAGCGCAAUGAUUCUUCUCUACUAUGCUUUCCAAGUCAUGCCACUAGCUGAUGCCACUGUUAUAACUUUUAGUAGUCCUGUUUUUACAUCGUUGCUGGCAUGGAUCUUUCUCAAAGAGAAAUACAGCAUUUGGGAUCUUCUGUUUACCCUCUUCGCAAUCACUGGAGUGGUUCUUAUUGCCAGACCACCAUUUCUGUUUGGGUCAAACGUUACGGGGAUUGAAGGAAGUUACACAGAUCACCUUAAAGGAACUAUAGCAGCAAUUACAAGCACAGUAUCUGCAGCUUCGACUUUUGUUAUACUAAGGAAGGUGGGAAAAUCUGUGCAUUAUUUUUUGUCAAUUUGGUAUUAUGCAGUUAUUGGUUUAAUUGGAUGUGUUAUAGCAUUGUUUGUUAUGAAUGAGUGGCGUUUGCCAUAUUGUGGCAAGGAUAGGGUUCUUCUAAUAUUAAUAGGCCUGUUAGGGUUAGGGGGUCAGAUAUUUCUCACAAAAGCAUUACAGAUAGAGAAAGCUGGACCGGUAGCCAUAAUGAAAACAAUGGAUGUGGUGUUUGCUUUUAUUUUACAGAUUCUUUUUCUCAAUCAUCUACCAACUUGGUGGACUGUGGGUGGUGCCCUUUGUGUAGUAGCUAGUAGUUCUGGAACCGCCAUUCGUAAGUGGCGACAAAGCUUGAAAAAAGCUAAACAAAAUGAAAUCUAACAAUACAGACACUAAUUCCUUACAGAAACAAGCAAUCUUGAAAUAUAUAUACAAUAUUUAUUUAUAUUUAUUUUAAAUAUCUCAUUUACCAAAUUGUAGUACCAAGUUAUAUCCAAUAAAAUGAUUUUUUUUUAAAAUGAAGAUGUUUUAACAACUGACUAGGUAUAUGCUUUUCUUUCUCAUACGUAGGCAUGCAAAUAUGAGAAGUAGAAAGAUAUUUAAAAGUUGCUUGCUUCCGAUCAAAAGUGGAUGAUAGUUUUUUGGCUUUUAUUUUCCUAAAAUUCCUGAUUCUCCACUUCUUAGACCCUUUCUCUAUUCUUCUGAGCAGUGGAAAUCAGUCUCCCAGGCGUAUUUAAUACUCUUCUGUGCUUCAUUACCAGAGGGAUUGCAGUACAAAAGUUAGAAGGGAAUGAAGAAUUAUAAUCCUAUAAACAUCCAACUUUUAUAGAACAGAUAAAGCUUGCACAUUUACAAGCUUUCUAAUUAUUUUUUUUGUGCACAAAACAGAUGCCAAAUGGGGAUUUAUUUUUAAUUUGGAUUCUAAAAGAACAAAGGCUAUUUCAUCUUUCCAAGUAGUAGCAAGGGAAAAUUAACUUGUGAAAAUUCUCUAUCAGCUUUGCUUUCUUUUAAAAAGAAUUUUAAAUGUUUGCACUUGCUUUACAGACGUAAUGAAACAACCUAAUCCCUUCUUUUUUAAUGUGGUUUUCCCAAUAAACAUGUCUUUCGUUGCUGCAGUCUUGGUGAUGAGACAACAGUUAAUUGUAUACCACUCGUAAAUUAGCCAUUUCUUGUGGUAUGGAAUAUUAUGCUGUAGCUGCACUUUUCUUUAUUCUAUGCAAAAGAUUAUAUUUUUUAGGUGUUUAAUAUAGGUUAUUUUAAAUGCUGCUUAUGACCCUUUUGUUUAGAUUCUUUUGUACAAAAGUUCUUUAUAAGAUCAAGUUUAAGUCAUCUUGGCCUUCGUAAAGUUAGGAGGAUUUACAAUAAAGCAUUUGCGUAUUUCCUGAGAAUUUACAAGAGUGCAGAGUAAUUGCAGUUUCACAGAAAAUGCAGGUUGUCCAAGGUCAUAGCGGAGAUUCUACAGAACAGGUUUGAGGAGAGCUUGGUGGGAGGGUGGAGCUACGCAUACACAUCUCAUGACAUGGAGGCAUCCACACUACAUCAGGCAGUGUUAGUGGGCAGCUUCAGCCCCAUUUCUCCAGCUGGCCCUUUUAAAUCUGCACUUAGUCACUUCUCUUACACAUCAUCUCACUUUUAUAGGCUUUAUCUUGAUAGCAACAAAUACUAAGAAAAAAGGCUUGUGUUAUUGAUCUUAGUGUCCUUCAUGUUUGAGGAGGAGUAUAUGUUUAGCAUCAGGUAGGGGGA